AUGGUGAAGGAGGCGAGAGACGGAAUUGAGAAGAUUAGAAAAAAGUUGAUCAUGGCUCAAAGUAGGCAAAAGUCCUAUGCGGAUAAGAGGAGGAGGCCAUUGGAAUUUACGGUUGGUGACAAGGAAUUUUUGAAGGGUAGUCCACGACGUUGCAUUCAAAGAAACAACAAGAAAGGAAAGUUGGCACCGCAGUUUGUAGUGGAAGUGGAGGAAGAUGGAAGAUACACUUUUCAACCGAUGAUGAUUUUGAAUGGAAAGGACAAGGUCACACGAUCAAGUGUGAUACCGUUAGUUAAAGUCUUGUGA